AUGCCCUACUUCCCCGUCCAAACAAAUCCCACCACCGACCCAGCGUCUCUACCCUCCAGCAGCCCACCCGACCCACAAACCGCCGACGCCGCCCGCGCGCACCGCAUCCGGAUCAAGAACCGGCGCAAACGCUACUUGGACAUGCAUCCGUCCUACUUCUCCCCCGCGCUCGAGCUCGCCGAUCCCCUUCUCUACGACCGACUAGUGCGACGCUUUCAAACCCCCGCAGAGCGCGAAGCCGAAGGGCGCAAAAAGGGCUACAGCGGCGUGCUAGAAGCGGACCUGCUGCGCUCCGAGGCGAAGAUCGAGGCGCUGGCGCGGCCAGAUCCGGAUGCAAUGACGAGUUACAGGCGGGGGCCUAAUGGGGAGAUCCUCGCGGAAGAGAAGGAGGAGGUGCCGCUGACGAAGGAGGAGGGGUGGGAGCGAUGGAGGUGGGAGAUGGAGCAACGGUUUUUGGGGGGCAGAGAUGAGGAGUUUGAGUAUGCUGCCGUGGAUGAGAGUGAGGAGUGGGAUGACAAGCGCGAAGAGGAGAGAGAGAAGGAGGAAGAGUAUUUUGGGGAGGAGGAGCCCGGGUGGGUGCUUGAGGAUGGGAGGAAGAUCACCGGCGAGACGGGGGUGCAGGAUUUCUAG